CACAUCCUUAGAAACUAAAGCCAUAAAAUCGAGAAACGAACACUAGAUCAAGAUAGCCACGGUGAUGGACUCCAACGAAGAUCAGAGAGGAAGAAGAGAGAACAAAUACCGAGGCAUACGACGAAGGCCCUGGGGAAAAUAUGCAGCGGAGAUACGUGACCCUAAUCGAAACGGGGCACGCCUUUGGCUAGGCACCUUUGAAACAGCAGAAGAAGCAGCCCGAGCGUAUGAUCGGGCUGCCUUUUCUCUAAGGGGCCACCAAGCCAUCCUCAACUUCCCAAACGAUGGACAUUAUAAUCACAAUAAUAAUACCAAUGUACCUCUAGAUCCUAGACCAAGCUACGCAUCAUCCAUGGAAAACGCGCAUAUGUCGGCCUCUUCUUCUUUACCAUCUUCUUCUUCAGCUACUGGUUCUUCUGAUCAACAAGAGAAUGUGACAUUGGAGGGACAUGAUCAUGAAGAGAAGGUUAUUGAAUUUGAGUAUUUGGAUAACAACCUUCUGGAUGAGCUUCUUGGCUCACAAGUUCAUCGCCAGGCUAAUAAGCGGCCCAAGUAUUUCUAGGUUGCUUUUUAGAAAAGCUUGAAAUGUUUAGCUCCUUUAUGGACUUGUUAAUCUGUUAGUUCUUAGCAUGCUAUUUCCGAUUCCUUUAAUUUUUUCUCCUUAAUUAUAUGCCAACUUUGAAGGGAGCCUUGAAGUAACAGUAAGGUUGUUUCUAUGACCUAUAAGUCACGGGCUCGGGCGGUGGAAACAGUCAUUAAUAUUUGCAUUAGAGUAUGUUGCCUACAUCACACUCUUAAGGUGCGAUCCUUCUUCUAACCCUGCGUGAAUGCAGGAUACUCAUAGAACCAGACUAUUUUUAUUUUUUAUUUUUUUAUAUGCCAACUUUCUUUGUCGUUUUUUGUUCAUCCUGAUUUAUGUUCUUUCUAUGUACCCACAAGUAAGAGGAUAGCUAAUUGA